CUCGAUCAACGAAGGAAACGAAACCAAAGCGAGAGCUCCGAAACCCUAACCCUAGAAAUUCCCCCAAUUCGGCCGUCGCCAUGAUCAAUCUCGGCAUGGACACUCGGCCCUCGACCUCAGUAACGGCUGAGAAAGCCUUCUCCUUUCUCUCCAAGGGAUGGCGAGAGGUCAAGGACUCCGCCGACGCCGACCUCCAAUUGAUUCGAAUGAGGGCCAAUUCCUUCAAGAACCUCGCGGAUCGAGAGCUCGAGAACUUCCUCAAGUCGUCGAGGAACGAAUCCAUCGCCGAGUUCGAGUUCAUGAAGCGGAUUCAGCCCAAGCUCUCCGAGUUCCGAAGGGUCUACUCGUCGCCGGAGUUUGGGAGGAGUAUUGGGAUCGAUUUGGCUGGGUUUAGGAACGCGAUUGUGGCUGAGGUUGAUGAAUCGAGGGGGAAUUUGGUGGAUUUUGAGAAGGGGAAAGUGAGGAGGAGAGUGAGGAGGAUUCGGAGGAAAGGGGAGGAUGGGGGGCUGAAAGAGUGGGAGCCCAUUCGGAGGAUGAAGAUGAGGUUGAAGGAGUUUGAGAAAAAGAGCCAGUUUGAUGAGAUUUUUGGGAAUUUUAAGAGUAACGAGCUUGUGGAGAAAGUGAAACUGAGCCUGAAAUCUAUUUACAGUGAGCCUCAGGAAUUGAAGGAAGUGCCACCGUUGGAUCUUCCUGAACUCUUGGCAUAUCUCCUUAGACAAUCUGGCCCAUUGUUUGAUCAGCUUGGUGUAAGCCGGGAUGUAUGUGACAAAGUAGUAGAGGUCUUGUGUAGCAGACGCAAAGAUCCACUCAUAUGUCAGUCUCCCUCCCUUCUUGAUCAUGAAAACAUCAAAGAUGAACUUGAUUUCCGGAUAGCUAGCGUGCUUCAGAGCACAGGGCAUCGCGAUGAUGAUAGCUUCUGGACUACUUCACCAAAACAUGAUCUAGCAGAUACAAAGCGUCAUAUUGCAAUUGUAACAACUGCCAGUCUACCAUGGAUGACUGGAACUGCUGUCAACCCACUUUUUCGUGCUGCUUAUUUGGCUAAGACAGCAAAGCAAAGUGUAACAUUGGUCGUCCCUUGGUUGUGCAAGGCCGAUCAGGAACUUGUUUAUCCUAACAGUAUGACAUUUAGCUCUCCAGAAGAGCAAGAAGCUUAUAUUAGAAGCUGGGUGGAGGAAAGGGUUGGAUUUAAGGCUGAUUUUAAGAUCUCGUUUUAUCCCGGGAAGUUCGCAAAAGAAAGGCGCAGUAUAUUACCUGCUGGUGAUACUUCACAAUUUAUUUCCUCAAAGGAGGCUGAUAUUGCUAUAUUGGAAGAGCCUGAGCACCUGAACUGGUACCAUCACGGGAAGCGUUGGACUGAUAAAUUCAACCAUGUUGUUGGUGUUGUUCACACAAAUUACUUGGAGUACAUCAAGAGGGAGAAGAAUGGGGCCAUCCAAGCUUUCUUCGUUAAACAUAUAAAUAACUGGGUCACCAGAGCAUAUUGCAACAAGGUUUUGCGUCUUUCUGCAGCAACACAGGACCUACCCAGAUCGGUCAUUUGCAAUGUUCAUGGUGUAAAUCCUAAAUUCCUCAAGGUUGGGGAGAAAAUAGCAGCAGAAAAAGAGAGUGGUCAGCAAGCGUUCUCCAAAGGUGCAUACUUUUUAGGGAAGAUGGUGUGGGCAAAAGGGUACAGGGAAUUGAUAGACUUAAUGGCAAAGAACAGAAAUGAGCUAGAAGGUUUCAAGCUCGAUGUGUAUGGAAAUGGAGAAGACUCGUUAGAAGUACAAUCAACUGCAAAGAAAUUAGACCUGAAUCUCAACUUCCUCAAAGGAAGAGAUCAUGCAGAUGAUUCACUUCAUGGAUACAAAGUAUUUGUUAAUCCUAGUAUCAGCGAUGUCUUGUGUACUGCAACAGCUGAAGCUCUUGCGAUGGGGAAGUUUGUUGUGUGUGCGGAUCACCCAUCAAAUGAGUUCUUUAGGUCAUUCCCUAACUGUUUGACAUACAAAACCCCAGAGGAUUUUGUUGCAAGAGUAAAAGAGGCAUUAUCAAGUGAACCUCAACCCCUCACCCCCGAGCAAAGAUACAACCUCUCAUGGGAAGCUGCGACCGAGAGAUUUGUAGAGUACUCUGAACUUGACAAAGCUCUCCAAAACAUCAAAAAUGUAUCCUCACACAGCAGUGAUGGGAUUAGGAAGUCGGUUUCUAUGCCUAGUUUGACUCAAGUGGUAGAUGGAGGAUUAGCUUUUGCUCACAAUUUUCUAACAGGAAAUGAGAUCCUUAGGUUGUCUACCGGGGCAAUACCGAGUACGAUGCAUUAUGAUAAGAACACUGUCAGGAUCUGCGUCUCUUGCCGCCUCAAGUACAAAACCCAAUAUAUGGUUGGUGAGAAAAUUCCAUUUGUAUUGGUGCACUAUAUUCCAUGAAGUUGACAGAGCUAUAACAAUGUGCAACCGUUCUACGGUAGUCCUCUUCCAUUUUCAUCUGCUGAGAAAGCCAUCAAAUCUGGCUGUGGAGUUGGUCAGAGACGUCAAAACCAGCAAUUGUCCCUUUGUUCAUAUGUUAAAGUUAUAGUGUAAUACAUCUCGGAAUCAUUCAAGGCUUCGUCAUUAUUUGAAUCAUCAGCAGCCUGUGGAUCAAUUCUUUGGAGGUAACUUUGCAAAUAACUCCAGCUUACAAAUAAGUACAGAUGAAGAUAAAUGAACUAUGUUGAAUCAUGACGAAGCACAAGAGUGAAGUGAAAGACUGUGGUCAGCUGGUUACCAAUAAUUCUUUUUGCUCUAAUGGUACAAUGAAAUAACGUGGAGUUAACAGCAACUUCGGCAGAGUUCCUGCUUUUGGUGUUGCUAUACUGAUAAAAGAUGAUCUCAGAAUCUCAAUUUUUUGGUUGAAGUAUAUAUAUAGGAUUUAUAAGCUGCUCCCAUGUAGGCCAUCAUAUGAUAUUUGAUAUGCUGUAACAAAUACUUUCAUGUAAUAUCCUAAUUUUGUAUGUAUGCUUCCCAUUCUUUCGCCUAAUCCUGUUGAUAUGUUUCCUCUAGUGUCCAGUUCUCCACAUAAUGUGUGCAGUUUCUACUUACCCUGUUAGUAGUGUAUUUUUGCCGCAA